GGUGAACACAUUGCACUCUCGUUUUCAUGCGCUCUUUACACACUUAGAGAGAGAGGGAGGGAGAGAGAGAGAGGGGGGGUGGGGGUGUCUUUGAUCAGCAGAAGACCUGCGUUCGAAAAAGCGAUCAAUGUGAACAGGGAGUGUUGGAUUUAAGGAAUUUGGAUCUAUCGAAGUUUUGAGUUUUAAAUUGUUUUUGCCCUCGAGAAAGUUUUGCCAAGUUACUGGAAAGUUCUUAGAAAAUGAGCUGGAAUCCACCAAUGGAAGUUCACUACCAAAACCAUUCCAUGCCUUAUAAUUCAAUAGGAAGCUUUGUGGAUUUCUUUGGAGGUCUUACUUACGACCACGUGAAUUACAUUUUUGCGGAUGUGAAUUAUGUUCAGGAGAAUGCUUACAAUGCUUACCCAGCAACGAAUACUAGUUUACACAAAUUUGCUGUUUCUGAACCUGGAAGCUUCUCAUACUAUGAAUAUGGAAAUGGCUACGUAGUCCAUGAUCACAUUCCAGAGACUGAUGAGUACAGUAGCCAUACAGAAAAUGCCUCAGGUUUGGUUGAUGACCAGGCUACUGUUUCGCAUGUACAUCAGGAAGGAAAUUCGAGCUCCGGUUCACAUGCUCGUCCUAUAGAGUGUCCUCGGGAUCAUCAGGAUGCUCGUGAUAAUGAGGUUGUUUGGCAGGACAACAUUGAUCCUGACAACAUGACAUAUGAGGAGUUACUUGAGCUAGGUGAGGCGGUUGGUACCCAAAGCAGGGGUCUCUCUCAAGAUCAAAUUGCAUUGCUUCCAACAUCGAAGUUCAAGUGGGGCUUAUUCUCUAGAAAGAAGUUCAGAGGUGAAAGGUGCGUAAUUUGCCAGAUGGAGUAUAAAAGAGGUGAUAGGCGCAUGACUCUUCCAUGCAAACAUGUCUACCAUACCGGUUGUGGAAGCAGAUGGCUUAGUAUCAAUAAAGCUUGCCCGAUUUGUUACAAGGAGGUCAUUGUCAAUGUUCCAAAGCAGUGAAAGAUACUCCUCCCCACGAAUGAUGGU